UACGGGGCGGGAAGAAGAGGAAAGGACCGGGCCUGUGACCCGCAGAGCUGACACUCUGACCACACCGGCAGCUGGCAGGCCUGCGCCUGACUGCCAGCAAUUUAAAGGAACGUUCCCUUGAAUUAGGUUACUUUCAUGAACAUACCUGAUCCUCCUUGAUCAGCUCGCUGUGCAGUCGGUUUAGUUUCCGGUCCGGAUGAGCGGAGAUGCUGCAAUGACAGAGUCCGAAGAGACAGUCCUGUUUAUAGAGCACCGCUAUGUGUGCUCAGAGUGCGGAGUGGAGUACCCCAACUUGGAAGAUGCUGUUGUGCACCAACAAAGUCAUACAGGCGGUUCCCAAGAUGCCGAGUACCAGGUCCUGGAUCUUGGCUCCCACGAGAACCAGUACCAAUGCCUGGAAUGUGGACAGCUGCUAAUGACGCCCAGUGACUUGCUUGCCCACCAGGAGCUGCAUAUUCGAUUACUCCAAAAUCCUCCAAAGCCAGAAAAGAUCAAGCGCCCGUCUCGCAAUGAAAUUCACUAUGAAUGCCAGGAAUGCAAAGCCUUGUUUAACAGCCAGGAUCUGUGGCUGGCCCAUAGAUAUACGCACAUGGAACCCCAAAAUGUGCCACAGUCCAAGGUGGUGUUGCAGACAGAAGGCCAUGUUGUGGAGGACUCUAUACAGCUCAUGUGUGACCCCUCUACGCCUGGUGAGGUCCACCUUGUUGCCGGUCAGCAACAUUUUCAUGUCCCAACAUCCUCAUCCGAUGCGGUCUCCCAUACCCAAGUGUUAGUGGACAUGGAGCAUUCCUAUAAAAAGAGUGAUGAUGUAGCGGAGGAGUGUGCAGUGGAAGUUUUGUUUUAUAAGUGCUCUGAGUGCACUCAGCUUUUCCAAUCUCCUGGGGAUUUCCUGGAACAUCAAGCCACCCAUUUCCAAGGCCAGGAAAAUGCCGUAGAAGUUAGCGGUCAGUCAGGUGAGGCGGCACAGCCUUUGGCUAAUGAACAGAUAGUUGAACAGCUAGUGAAGGAAACCGCUCCCUCUGACCGUCCUGGACAGGUGAGUGGAGGUGUCUUGGCUCCUCCUGUAGGGGAACAAGUAGCUGCUCUGAAUGACGUUACCCGCUCUUGUGCUAUAUGCAAAGCAUCUUUUAAGAGCGAGAGAGAACUUAAAGCACACUUAAUAUGUCAUAAGACCGGCCCCUUUAACUGUCCUCUAUGUAGUAAAGUGUUCCUUACACACCAAGAUGUAGAAGAGCACCUUAAGUCACAUCAAAGUGAACAUCAUUAUCUUUGUGUGGAAUGCGGCUUGGGCUUUGCCAGUGAAUCGGUUUUGGUUAAUCAUCGCCGAACCCACCAGUCUAAUCCUCUGUAUUCCUGCGAAUGCGGCCAGACCUUUGUCAACAUGACUAAAUUCCUUUACCACCGACGAAUGCACAGCACUAAAACUCAAGAACCUGUGCAAGAGGAAGAAAAAAAAUCAGACUGCACCUCCCCCACCUCUGCCGGGGGGGGCUAUGUGUGCUCAACUUGCGGUAAAGCAUUUCCCCUGAUGUCUCAGCUGUUGCGCCACCAGCGUUUUGUGCACGCAAUGGAAAAAAGGCACAAGUGCCCAACUUGCAGCAAGCCGUUCAAGAAACGCUCGCAUCUUCGAAACCACAUGCUGACUCAUACAGGUGAGCGGCCGUAUUCUUGCAGCGUCUGCAGUAAAUCGUUUAAUGCUCAGGCCAAUCUGCUCCGCCACAAGCUUACGCAUACCGGAGAGAAGCCGCACAAGUGUCAGCUGUGUGGCAAGGCAUUCAGCCAGUCUUCAACACUUCAGCAGCAUCUAGUUGUGCACAGCCAAACCUAUCCGUACAAGUGCACGGAGUGCGGGGUUAGCUUUCACCGUCCUUACCGCCUCCUCAUGCACCAGUAUCACCAUACCGGGGAAUACCCAUACAAGUGCCAAGUUUGUGGCCUUUCUUUCCUGCUCAAGAGAUUACUGGAGGUCCAUGAAAUUGGCCAUCGUGGUGAAGAGCCUUUCAGAUGUGCAGACUGUGGCGCCAACUACCCAUCUUCUCAGCGUUUAAAAGAUCAUCGUUGUAACCGGACUGGAGCUGGACCGGGAGACAAGUUGGAGUGCCCGAUUUGCGGCAAGAAAGUGAAUUCUGAUGCUGGACUCAAUGCGCAUGUUUCAACUCAGCACGUUGGCGCAAGAAGUGGCGCUGGGUACUCAGGGAAGAGUAAACAACCCCUGCCAGCACGGAACAAGCCGAAAGUAGGCUCCAGAAGCCUGGAAUGCCCCGAAUGCCAUAAGACCUUCAGCACAGAAACGUCUUUGCAAGUUCACCGCCGAAUUCAUACUGGGGAGCGGCCUUACCCGUGCCAAAUCUGCGGCAAAGCUUUCCGCCAGUCCACCCACCUCAAGGACCACGUUCGCCUUCACACAGGUGAGAAGCCCUUCAAAUGUGAUGUUUGCGGCAAAGCUUUUACCAUUGCAGUGCGUCUAGCUGAGCACAAGCGUAUUCAUACAGGCGAACGGCCCCACACCUGCCCAGAGUGUGGGCGUGCGUACCGUUCCUUUUCCAACCUGUGGAAGCACAGGAAACUGCACAGAGAGCAGGCUAUACCAAUGGAGGAUCAUGAGGCCCAUGCUGCUGACCUCUCCAGUGCUGUGGCAAUAGUUGAGACUGUAGAAACCAUUCCCAUUAUAGAGACUGUGGAAAUUUUCCCCGAAGGCAGCUCCAUAAAUGUACAGGAUAUCCAGUUUGAGACUUUGCAGGUGGAGAAUAUACACUUGGGGAACAUUCAGAUCGGUACCUUGUAAGUCAAGUCUACUAAAGCCAGGAACCAGCAUGUGAUCUACUGAAACUACAGAACAGAGUUAUCUAUUCGGCGCAGUGUGGUGCGCUACCCGUUUUGCUGAUGUUGCAGGGAUACAGCUUCGCUGUUUAAAUCUGCUUUAAUUGUGUCCCUCCAGUUUAACAUGUUGUUUGAAAUGUAUAUUUUAAUUAAACCCUCUAGUUAUUUACCUUUUACUAGUGAA